UUGCCCGUCUGCCGCCCGCCAAAUACCUCACUGCCAACACCUUCGUCUGGGGCGCCGUCGUCGCCCUCACCGCCGCCUGCUCCAGCUACGGCGGCCUGCUGGCCGUGCGCUUCCUCCUCGGCGUCGCUGAGGCCACCAUCACGCCCGCCUUCAUGUUCCUCACCUCGACCUGGUACACGCGCGACGAGAUCCCCGUCCGCACGGGCAUCUGGUUCUCAGGCAACUCCGUCGGCGGGCUGCUCGCCAGCCUGCUGGCCUACGGAAUCGGCCAUAUCGACUCGCCCCUCAGGCCCUGGAUGUGGAUGUACAUCAUCCUCGGCAGCGCCACUUUCCUCUGGGGGGUUUGUCCUGUGGGCGCUGCUGCCGGACAGCAUCGCGCGCGCGCGCUUCCUGACGCCGGAAGAGCGCCAGUUCGCGGCAGACCGGGUCGUCAUCGCCGGCACUGGCCGCACAGAGAACACGGCGUGGCGGUGGGACCAGACGAGAGAAUGCCUGCUGGACCCCAAGACGUGGCAUCUCUUCGCCAUCGCCAUCCUGACGCAGAUCCCCAACGGCGGGACGCAGAACUUCAGCAACCUGGUGAUCAAGUCCUUUGGUUUCACGUCGCUGCAGUCGACGCUCAUCAACAUCCCCUCGAGCGUGAUCAGCACGGCCACCAUCGCCGCAACGGGUUGGAUGGCCGGCCGCUUCCGCCAGCUGAACUGCAUCCUGAUCGUGGGCGUGGUGCUAUGCGCCGUGGCAGGGAGCUCGCUGAUCUAUGCGCGCGCCCACGUCUCCAAGGGCGUGCAGCUGCUGGGGUAUUUCCUGCUGUCGCCGGGACCCAGCGCGAUCCCGCUGGCCAUGUCGCUGGUGCAGGCGAACUACCGGGGCGUAACCAAGAAGAUGACCAUGACGGCGCUGAUGUUCAUUGCGUACUGCGCGGGCAACAUUGCGGGACCGCAGUUCUUCAUCGCGGCCGAGGCGCCGCACUACAACACCGCCUUCCGCGCGAUUCUGGUCUGCUAUGUGCUGACUGCUGCGCUUGCGCUGUCGCUGCGAGUCUAUCUCCAGGCGGUGAAUAAGAAGCGGGAUCGUGAAGAAGGCGUGCAGGGCAGCGCUGGGGUGUCGGGUGCGGUGGCCGGAGGCAAGGUAGCGGACUUGAAGGACAGCGACAUCAGCGAGGCCGUGAGGACGGUGCGACUGCUACCGGAGGAUUAUGACGAUGUGACGGAUUGGAAGACGGUAGGGUUUCGCUAUCGGUUGUGA